CCACAUUAUUAAUUCCGAGAUGUCCGCACCUGCAUGACGAGGAGGAAGAGAGAUUGAAUUCCUAUUACCUAAACAUAGCAGGAGCUGCUGGCAAGGCAAUACGGAAUAGAUACUCAUGAGCGGACGAAGAUGAUUGGAAGAAAUCUUGAUUGUAAGCACAUGUGUUCAUGACACCGCUUUGGUUUCUGAAAUCUUGGCAGUUAGCGCCCCACAUAUUCACAAUGCACGAUAGUGUUGUCUAACGGUCUGCAAAGGAAUUUGCUACAACGAAGACUGCUUAGCACACAUUUUUUUUCCAAGGAUAUUGAGGGUGUGAGUGCGGGAAAUUUCACUCACGGUCGUCAACGACGUACAACGCGGUGCGCAAGUUUGGAUGUCAGUUGUGAAGUUUUUCUACGACUCUGGACUACGAUUUUGUUCAAUUAGUGGCAUCAGAUAGAGCCAGAACACGGCUAAAGGGAUGGACUGACAGAAACACAGACGGACGGAGGAAGAGACUGGCCAACAUUGUAAACCCCAGUGUCUCGGUGUGAGGGAGGACAGCAUGCUGGCAGCAUGGACCAGGUGAAGGAGCAGCCGCCCUUCUGCUCGCUUUCGCAGAGCCAGCGAGGCCGGGAGAGAGGCCGCGAGAGGGAGGCGGAUCUGGAGCGGCAUUACCCAGCAUCCUCGACGGACCGAGAAGGGCCCGGCCGGGUGCCUACCCAGAAGUCCUACAACUCUAGUGAGACACUGCAGGCCUAUGACCAUGACCCCGCCCGGUUGUUAUUCUCAUGCCGAGUCCAGGAGGUGGGCCCCCCGGACCCCAGCGACUACAGCAGGCCGGGACAGGCCUUCUCACUAAGGCACCUUGGGUUAUGUGAGCCCUCCACACGCAGAGGUCUGGCCCUCUGCCCUGAAACGGGCCUCUCGCACCCCCUUAGUAACUACUCCCGAGGCGUGGUCCCAACAGAGAAUAAUGAGCCCACAUCUCCGGAAUGUACCAUGGUUCUAUGGGGCAGGGGUGCCAAAUCGGGCCAAAACUCUGGCCUAUCUAGUCGCUCCAACUCGGCCCUAACUCUCACAGACACGGAAAUGGACAAUAAGUCGGACAACGAAAUUGGAGACCAACUGUCCAGUCAACAAGGCCCACCUCCUCUACCGCCAGCCCCGCCUGUUCACCACAAACAGCACCCGUCCAUCACAUCAUUAAGCCGCGGCCCGCUGGCCAAUCAGCGUGGCCAAAGCCCACCGCCCUCGCCUGGCCUUGCGGCCGAGUUGCAGACCACAGCGGAAUGUGUCCAGCUGCAGGACAGUUGGGUGCUUGGAAGCAAUGUGGCUCUGGAGAGCAGACAUUUCCUGUUUAAGACGGGCACCGGGACAACCCCUUUCUUCAGCACGGCGACCCCAGGUUACACUAUGGCAACAGGGGCGGUGUACUCCACUCCCGCCCGCCCCCUACCCCGAAACACCCUCUCCAGAGGGGCUUUCAAGUUUAAGAAAUCGCCCAAGCAUUGUUCCUGGAGGUGCACUGCCCUGAGUGCAGUGGGCGUGGCUGUGCUCCUGUCAUUAAUGCUCUGCUAUUGCAUAGCAAUGCACCUCUUCGGCCUCAACUGGCAACUUCAAGAGUCGAAAAAUCAACCUACAUUUGAGAAUGGAGGGGUGAAAACGUUGCCCACUCCACCAAGCUUGGGGACCGCCCUCUCUGCUGACUAUAGCAAGAACGGCGUGGUCCAUCAUGAGAACAACUCCAUUGACACCGGGUCAGUGGAAGUGGGUCGCCUGGUCGGCCAGGGGAUACCACCCGGUGUGUUCUGGCGCUCUCGGCUAAAUAUGGAGCAGCCACGCUUCCUCAAGUUCAACAUUUCUGUUCAGAAGAACGCACUGGUUGGCGUCUAUGGCAGGAAGGGUCUCCCACCCACUCACACACAGUAUGACUUUGUGGAGUUGUUGGAUGGCAGCCGGCUCAUUGCCAAGGAGAGACGUUCCUCCAUGGAGCCUCCGGCCAGGGGGCAGAUGGAGCGCCAGGUCAGCGUUCACCAAGCUGGCUUCAUCCAGUACCUAGACUCUGGGGUGUGGCACCUGGCCUUCUACAACGACGGGAAGAGUCCAGAGACCGUUUCGUACAACGCCAUCAUAUUGGAGUCUGUCAUGGAGUGUUCCCACAACUGCUACGGCAACGGAGAGUGUGUGUCUGGCUCCUGCCACUGUUUCCCAGGGUUCAUCGGGCCAUACUGUUCCAGAGCGGCCUGUCCAGUCCUAUGCAGUGGCAACGGCCAGUACACCAGGGGGCGCUGUCAGUGCUACAGUGGCUGGAAAGGCACGGAGUGUGAUGUGCCCUCUACUCAGUGUCUAGAUCCCCAGUGUGGCGCGCAUGGGGUCUGCGUGGCGGGCAGCUGUGUGUGCAACGCCGGCCACAAAGGAAACGGUUGUGAACAAGUGGACUGCCUGGACCCGAUCUGCUCAGGCCACGGAACCUGCCACCACGGUGAAUGCCACUGUAACCCAGGUUGGGGCGGAACAAGCUGUGAGAUCCUGAAGAGUACGUGCCCUGAACAGUGCUCGGUCCACGGAAGCUUCCAGACGGAGACGGGCACCUGCGUCUGUGAGCCUAACUGGACGGGUUCCGACUGCUCUGUAGAGAUGUGCAAGGUGGCCUGCGGCCCCCAUGGAGCCUGUGUCGGCGGGACGUGCCAGUGUGAGGAAGGGUGGACUGGUUCCGAGUGCGACCAGAGGGACUGUCACCCCCGUUGUGCUGACCACGGCGUCUGCCGAGAGGGCAAGUGUGACUGUCACCAGGGCUGGACUGGAGAACAUUGCACCAUUGCUCUGGAUUCCAGGGUCUCAGGAGCGGUCAAGAUAGGAUACAAAGACGGGUGCCCUGGGUUGUGCAACAGCAAUGGAAGAUGCAUCCUGGACCAGGUCGGGUGGCGCUGUAUCUGCCAGUCAGGAUGGAGGGGGCUAGGCUGUGAUGUUGCCACGGAGACCCUCUGCUCAGAUGGAAAGGACAAUGAGGGGGAUGGACUGGUGGACUGUAUGGACCCAGACUGUUGUUUGCAGAGCUCCUGCCAGAGCCAGCCCUACUGCCGUGGAUCCCCAGACCCCACACGAAUUCUGAGCAAAGGUCAAGGGUCAUCCUCGACUCAGUCUGUCCCCAAGGGCUUUUAUGAGCAUGUCAGCUUCCUGGUUGGGCCCGGUGGUUGUCAUGUGAUUCCCGGUGACAACCCUUUCAACAGCAGCCUGGCGUCAGUCGUCCGGGGUCAGGUGCUGACGGGCGACGCGACGCCGCUGAUCGGGGUGAACGUGUCUUUCCGGGACAACCCUGAGUACGGCUACACGAUUACGCGCCAGGAUGGCAUGUUUGACCUGCUGGCCAAUGGAGGUGCGGCACUGACCUUGAGAUUGGAGCGUGCCCCUUUUCCCAUAAUGCACCGCACCGUUUGGCUGCCCUGGAAUGUAUUCCACGUGAUGGAAACAAUAGUGAUGAAGAGGGAGGACAACGACAUUCCCAGCUGUUAUCUCAGCGGCCUACAAAGGCCCAGCCCAGUCAUCCUGGCCUCACCUCUGUCCACCUUCUACAGAAGUUCCCCUGAGGACAGCCCUGUCAUACCCGAAACCCAGGUCCUCAAUGAGGAAGUGGCCAUACCCGGAAGUGACCUCAAUCUGGUCUACCUCAGCUCCCGCACGUCUGGCUACAAGCCCAUCCUCAAAGUCCUCAUGACCCAGGAACGACUCCCAGUUGGACUGAUGAAGGUUCACCUGACGAUUGCUGUCAUGGGAAGACUGUUCCAGAAACUGUUACCUGCCUUUCCUGACCUUUCUUACACGUUUGUCUGGGACAAGACAGACGCCUAUAACCAGAAGGUCUUUGGCUUUGCAGAGGCUGUUGUGUCUGUGGGCUAUGAGUAUGAAUCUUGCUUGGAUUUGAUCCUCUGGGAGAAGAGGACCGCAAUUUUACAAGGUUAUGAACUGGAUGCUUCCAACAUGGGAGGAUGGAUAUUGGACAAGCACCAUGUAUUGGACAUUCAAAACGGAAUCCUUUACAAAGGCAGCGGUGAGAACCAGUUCGUCUCACUGCAGCCUCCGGUCAUCUCCACGAUCAUGGGAAACGGUAGACGCCGCAGCAUCUCAUGCCCCAGCUGCAAUGGGCAGGCCCUGGGCAACAAACUCCUGGCGCCGGUGGCCCUGGCGUGGGGCAACGAGGGGAGCCUCUACGUGGGCGAUUUCAACUACAUCCGACGCAUUUACCCGUCGGGCAACGUCACCAGUGUCAUGGAGCUUGGAAAUAAAGAUUUUAGACACAGCAACAACCCUGCCCACCGCUAUUACCUGGCCACCGACCCAAUGGCUGGGCAGCUGUAUGUGUCAGAUACCAACUCACGGCGGAUCUACCAGCCCAAGCUCCUGAUGGGGAUGAAGGACUUGCAGCGGAACACGGAGGUGGUCGCAGGGACAGGGGAGCACUGCCUGCCCUUUGACGAGGCUCACUGUGGGGACGGAGGGAAGGCCACAGAGGCCCUUCUCACUGGGCCCAAAGGUAUUGCUGUGGACAAGAAUGGACUGAUAUACUUUGUAGAUGGCACCACAAUCCGAAAAGUGGACCAAAACGGCAUCAUAUCCACCCUCCUUGGCUCCAACGACCUCACGUCAGCACGCCCCUUGACCUGUGACAUCGGCAUGGACGUCAAUCAGGUGCUCUUGGAGUGGCCCACCAGCCUGGCGGUCAGCCCCAUGGACAACUCCCUGUUCGUCCUUGACAACAAUGUCGUUCUAAGAAUCACUGAGAACGGCCAGGUCACCAUUGCCGCAGGCCGACCCAUCCACUGCCCGUUGGCCGAGUUCAGUCGUGGGGUAGGCGGAGGUCAAAGGGCAGCGCUGACACCCCUGGAGUCCACCGUGGCCAUCGCUGUGUCCUACAACGGCGCCAUCUUUGUCGCCGAAACUGACGAGCGGAGGCUGAGCCGAAUCCGAAUGGUAUCCAUUGACGGUGAAAUAACCCAUGUGGCUGGAUCGCCCUCCGACUGUGACUGUAAAAACGAUGUCAACUGUGACUGUUACCAGACCGGUGAUGGCUAUGCUAAAGACGCCCGUCUCAACGCCCCGUCCUCUCUGGCGGUGGCGCCCGACGGAACCCUGUACGUGGCGGACCUCGGAAACAUCCGCAUCCGGGCGAUUGGCAGAAAUGGCCCAGCGCUGACCUCUAACGGUAACACCUUUGAGGUGGCGUCCCCCGAUGCCCAGGAAGUGUACGUCUUCGACACCAAUGGCACCCACCAGCACACAGCCAGCCUCCUGACCGGCGACUUCAAGUACACCUUCAGCUACAGCGCGGAGAAUGACGUCACUGCUGUGACCGACAGCAACGGGAACACCCUGAGGAUUCGCCGCGACCCAAACCGCAUGCCUGUGCGCAUAGUUGCCCCGGACAACCAGGUGAUCUGGCUGACCAUGGGGAGCAACGGUGGGCUGAAGACCCUGACGGCGCAGGGUCAGGAACUGGUGCUGCUCACAUACCAUGGGAACAGUGGCCUGCUGGCCACCAAGACCUGUGAAAUCGGUUGGACCACAUUCUAUGACUAUGACAGCGAAGGCAGACUAAUGAAUGUGACGUUCCCCACUGGAACAGUGGAGAACCUGUACACUGACAUCUACAAGGCCUUGACCGUGGACAUGGAGAGCUCAUUCACUGAAGAGGACAUUAGCAUUACCACCAAUGUCUCCUCCGUCCGUGCCUUUUAUACACUGGCUCAGGAUCAGUGUAAAAGCAGCUAUCAGGUGGGCUAUGACAACUCUCUGAGGAUCACCUACGCCAAUGGCAUGGACACCCACUACCAGACGGAGCCCCACAUCCUAGCGGGCACCGCCAACCCCACAGUGGCACGGCGUAACAUGAGUUUGCCAGGGGAUAGUGGGCAGAAUCUGGUUGAGUGGCGCUUCAGAAAGGAACAGGCCCGAGGCAAAGUCAUCGUUUUUGGACGCAAGCUACGGGUUAACGGCCGGAACAUUCUGUCCGUUGACUACGACCGAACACUGCGGACUGAGAAGAUUUACGACGACCACAGGAAGUUCCUGCUGAAGAUCAUCUAUGACGGCACGGGCCACCCUGUUCUCUGGGUGCCCAGCAGUAAGCUACUUCCCGUGAACGUUAGCCGAAGCAGCAACGGGCAGAUCAGUGCCCUCCAGAGGGGGCCCACCACUGAGCGGGUGGAAUACGACAGCCAGGGACGCCUGGUCUCCAGAGUGUUUGCCGACGGGAAGACGUGGAGUUACACCUACCUGGACAAGUCUAUGGUGCUCCUGCUACACAGCCAGCGUCAGUACAUCUUCCACUUCGACCCACAGGACAGGCUAUCUGCUGUCACCAUGCCUAGUGUGGCCCGCUACACAAUGCAGACCGUCCGCUCGGUGGGCUACUACCGCAACAUCUUCCACCCACCAGAGAGCAACGCCUCGGUCGCCGUUGACUACAGCGAGGACGGGCUCCUCCAGCGAGUGGCCCACCUGGGCACGGGCCGACGGGUGUUAUAUAAGUACCGGCGGCACAAUAAGCUCGCCGAGGUUCUGUACGACGGCACGCGGGUCAGCUUCACCUACGAUGAAAUGGCAGGUGUGCUAAAGACGGUCAACCUGCAGAGUGAGGGCUUCAUCUGUUCAAUCCGCUACCGGCAAGUGGGCCCCCUUGUGGACCGGCAGAUCUUCCGGUUCAGCGAGGAUGGCAUGGUCAACGCCCGCUUCGACUACACCUACGACAGCAGCCUGCGGGUCACCAGCGUACAGGGUGUCAUCAAUGAGACCCCGCUGCCCAUCGACCUCUACCAGUUCGAUGACAUCUCAGGGAAAGUGGAGCAAUUUGGCAAGUUCGGCGUCAUCUACUAUGACAUCAACCAGAUCAUCUCCACAGCGGUCAUGACCUACACCAAACACUUCGACGCCCACGGACGGAUCAAAGAGAUCCAAUACGAGAUCUUCCGAUCCCUGAUGUACUGGAUCACCUUCCAGUACGACAACGUGGGACGAUGCACGAGGAGGGAGAUCAAGAUCGGGCCAUUUGCAAACACCACCAGGUAUGGCUACGAGUACGAUGUGGACGGCCAGCUCCAGACAGUCCACCUCAAUGACAAAGUCAUGUGGCGCUACACCUACGACCUGAACGGGAACCUCCACCUACUGAACCCGGGCAACAGCGCGCGCCUCCUCCCCCUGCGCUACGACCUCCGUGACCGCAUAACCCGCCUGGGAGACAUGCAGUACCGCGUGGACGAGGACGGCUUCCUCCGUCAGCGCGGCUCUGAGAUUUUCGAGUACAACUCCAAGGGCCUCCUGGCACGCGUCUACAGCAAAGGCAACGGCUGGACCAUCCAGUACCGUUACGACGGCCUGGGUAGGAGGGUGUCCACCAAGACCAGCCUGGGACAGCACCUGCAGUUCUUCUACGCGGACCUGAGCUACCCCAGCAGGAUCACCCACAUCUACAAUCACUCCAGCUCUGAAAUCACCUCUCUGUAUUACGACCUGCAGGGCCACCUGUUUGCCCAGGAGAUUAGCAGCGGCGAGGAGUACUACAUCGCAUGCGAAAACACCGGAACCCCCCUCGCUGUGUUUACCAGCAACGGCCUGCUGAUCAAACAGGUCCAGUACACAGCGUACGGGGAGAUCUACUUUGACUCCAACCCGGAUUUUCAACUGGUGCUGGGGUUCCAUGGUGGUCUCUAUGACCCGCUGACCAAACUGUUGCAUUUUGGGGAGAGGGACUAUGACAUAAUGCCCGGCAGGUGGACUGUGCCUGACAUCACCACAUGGAAACGGGUCGGGAAAGAGCCAGGUCCUUUUAAUCUUUACAUGUUUCAGAACAACAACCCCAUCAGCAAAGUGCAUGAAGUGAGAGAGUAUGUUGCUGAUGUGAAUAGCUGGCUGGUGACAUUUGGUUUCCAUCUACAUAACAGCAUUCCGGGCUACCCAGUCCCCAAGCUUGAUCUGACUCACCCCUCGUAUGAACUCAAGAAAAGCCAGCUUUGGGACGAUCUACCGUCCAUCUCUGGGGUCCAGCAAGAAGUGACACGACAGGCCCGGGCACUCCUGCUGUUUGAGCGACUUCCGGAAGUCCAUGCGGGCCGUGGCCGCCGCGACCAAAAGCCCUGGUUCUGGUUCUCGGCCGCCCCGUCCCCCAUCGGGAGAGCCGUCAUGUUCGCCAUCUACAAGGGCACCGCCCACACACACGCGCUCAACGUGGCUAACGAGGACUGUGUCAAGGUGGCCACAGUCCUGAACAACGCCUUCUACCUGGACGGCCUGCACUUCACGGUGGAAGGCCGCGACACCCACCACUUCGUCAAGCCCGGCCUGCCUGACGGCGACCUGGCCGCGCUGCGCAUCACCAGCGGACACAAGACCCUGGAGAACGGCGUUAACGUCAGCGUAUCCCAGUCCACCACGGUCAUGGAUAGCCGGACACGGCGCUUUGCGGACGUGGAGCUGCGGCGCGGGCCGCUAGUGCUGCACGUGCGCUACGGCUCCACAGUGGACGAGGAGAAGGCUCGCGUCCUGGAGUUGGCCCGCCAGAGGGCUCUGGUGAGCGCUUGGGCCAAGGAACAACAGCGGGUGCGUGACGGUGAGGAGGGUGUCCGCCUGUGGACUGAGGGAGAGAAGAGGCAGCUCCUGAGCGGCGGGAAAGUGCAGGGGUAUGACGGGUACUAUGUGCUCUCAGUCGAGCAGUACCCAGAGUUAGCAGACAACGCUAACAACAUUCAAUUUCUACGGCAAAGUGAAAUAGGGAAAAGGUAACAAACUGUCGUCCCCAUGCUGCCAGGGAGACUUUGAAUGCCCUGGUACGUUAACAGCGUAGCAAUGGUUGGAACUAAAGCAACAAUAGUUUGGCGCGGCCAAAGAGUAUAUGUGCCGGAGUAAAUGUGUGUUUUUGUAAGUCACAAGGGAUUGAAAGCAAUGCUGUGCAAUGCUGUUUAACAAGGGACUACUACAGAGUAAAUAUAUAACUACGCCAGGCCUUAAUACAGGCACAUGUACCUCUGUAGCACAAUCCAAUUGGACUAUGGACCUUCAUCUAGAAGCCAGGAGAAAUGGUGUUUUGAGCAAAAGUGAAUUACAACCCCAUUUUCAAAAAAGUUGGGACGCUGUGUUAAAUGUAAAUAAAAACAGAAUACAAUGAUGU